UAGAAAACAUUACAGGCAAGCAUUCUUUCUCCAGUAUAGGAACAAACGGCUUUUCAAGAACAUUUUACUAUAAAACAAAAGAAGCCUCCUUCUGUUUAGUCUCACUUCUCACAGACCGUCCAAUUAUCGAAUCAUCAAUGGCAGAAGCAACAAGGAGGUAUGCAGUUGUUACUGGGGCAAACAAAGGCAUAGGAUUGGAAACUGUGAGGCAAUUGGCCUCAAAUGGAUUCACUGUAGUCUUAACUGCCAGAGAUGAGAAAAGGGGUCUUGAAGCUGCUGAGAAACUCAAAGAGUCUGGCCUCUCAGGUCAAGUGGUUUUUCAUCAACUUGAUGUGGCUGACCCUGCUACUGUUGCUUCCUUGGCAGAGUUCAUCAAAACCCAGUUUGGGAAACUCGAUAUCUUGGUGAACAAUGCAGGGAUUGGUGGAGCCAUAGGAGAUGCUGAUGCCUUUACAGCUUUAGUGAAGUCUUUCGACAUGGGGAGAGGAGAAAUUGGUAGUAAACUAAUGACUGAAACUUAUGAGUUAACAGAAGAAUGCUUGCAAAUAAACUAUUAUGGUGCUAAAAGAACAGCUGAAGCACUUAUCCCACUCCUCCAGUUAUCUGACUCACCGAGAAUUGUUAACGUUUCGUCUUUCCUGGGGAAGUUAAUGCAUAUACCAAGCGAUUGGGCUAGAGGAGUUUUUACUGAUGCUGAAAACCUAACAGAAGAGAGAGUAGAUGAGGUACUGACCGAGCUUCUAAAAGAUUUCAAGGAGGGUUCACUUGAAAGUAAGGGCUGGCCUUCUCCUUCGUCUGCCUAUGUAGUCUCGAAAGCUGCACUGAACGCAUAUACAAGGAUUCUAGCAAAGAAGUACCCCACUUUUCGUAUCAAUUCGUUAUGCCCUGGCUUUGUCAAAACAGAUAUAAACUACAAUGCCGGUGUCCUACCUGUCAAAGAUGGGGCUGCAAGGGUUAUGAAGUUAGCAUUGCUGCCCAAUGAUGGCCCUUCUGGCUCCUUCUUUGUUCACUAUGAAGUGUCAGAUUUUUAAUUGAAGAUGAUUGUUGUGAAAUUUAUUGCAAGCGCACAAUUCGCACAAGUAAUACAGUGAUGAGUGAAGUGUCGUUCCCACGAAGAGUGAUUUAAUUUACUAAGUACCGAUUGUGAGAAAAAUAAAAGCAAGCGUAGAGAAAUAAAGUAGUGAGAUUCAAGUUAUGAGAGCA